GUGACACACACCUACACACACACACACACAGACGCAUUCCCUCCUCUCCCUUUGGUUUCUCACCUCUUCUGAUCACCCGACAGGUCACAAUGUGGAACAACAUCACCAACCCCAACAACAACAAUAGUACAGGACACGUCAACAUCUUCCUUGUGUGCAUGUACUCCUUCAUCUUCGUUGUGGGUUUCCUUUUUAAUCUCCUAGCACUCGUCUUUUUCUUCUACCAGACCAAAUCCAGAUCACAAACCAUUGUCUACAUGACUAACCUGGCCAUAGCAGAUGUACUGCUCAUCCUCACGUUGCCCAUGAGGAUCUACUACAAUCUGGGAUUUGACGACCUUCCUCAGUGGCUGUGCGACGUCCUUGGUUUGGUCCUGAAGGCCAACAUGUAUGGGAGCAUCUUUCUCCUCACUUGCAUUUGCUUCGACCGUUGCAUGGCCGUCACCUUCCAUAUGUCGACCCGUGUCUCGGAAGGGAGAAGGAAAGCGCCGCUGGUUUGUCUAGGAAUAUGGAUGCUCACCUUUGGUGCCAGCGUACCUAUCUACCUUUCCCAGCGCAAACACGUUUCCAACAAGGAUUGUUUUCAUAGCCUGCCGGUCUAUGCCACAAACCUUGCGGUGGUUUUACCCACUCUGUUCUUGGGGUUUGGAAUCCCGCUCGUAAUCAUGCUGAUCUGCUCCUGGGGUUUGGCCCGUGCUGUCCGAAGAAGCUCCGUGGCUAAGACCAACCUGGUGGACAGCAGAAAGAUCCAGAGGAUGAUCGCCACCAGCCUAUUCAUUUUCAUACUCAGCUUCCUCCCUUACCACGCCAUCCUGGUUCUCCUUUAUCUGUAUGGAGAAAAUAUACCAUACCCAAUGCAGGCUGCAUACCGCUACAGCCUGAUGGUGGCAUGUUUCAACACAGUACUAGAUCCCGUUGCAUACUAUUUCACCACAGACACCUUCAGGAGGAGCGUUGACAUGGGUCGGAGGAUGAUCCCUUUGAAUAGUCAAAAUUCUGAUUCAAACCACCGGAGCAGAAUGCCUAACAGCUAACGGACUGCUAAAGGACCACUCAACAGACACUGCCGUCCAAAAGAUUCAAAGAUGGUUCCCCAGUCCAACCCUGUCAUUCCGCAAGAAUGGAUCACAGGAGAUUUAAUUAGGUUUGCCAAAUAAAUUUGCAGAGUUUCUUCCAUAGUCCGUUAUUGAACAUUUAAAUCUGCAGUAAAGCUUUGAGUGGAAUGACGGACCCCUUUUCACAUUGUUUUGAUAAUUAUAUCUUUUUUUUAAACAUUGAAUGUAAUAUGAAUGGCUCCAGGGCUGGAGCGCCCACGGGCAAAAACAUUCACGGUCUUUGCACCUGGUAUUAAAAUGCAUCUUGUACCCAGAUUGUUCCUAGAUUAACCUUUGAUUAACACCUUGUAUUAAUAUGUGUCUCGAGUGUCCACAUUGAGAUCCGAUGGAGAACCACUCACUCUGUCCAGCUCAAACAACUUCCCCCCUCUCAUUUAGCUUGUACACUUUCAUCUGACCAGACUGAACGCAGACACUUGGUCUCUCUGGAGAUGGUUUGGCAGAUCAGAAUCCGUCCUCAGAGUGUUUUGGAUGCAUUUACAGCAGUAUUCUCAUGUUGUCGAGCACUAUACAUAUAAUAUAUGCAUUUUAUUGCAAGGUGUACAGGGGAUAAUUGAUUUCCAACCCGUAUCCACGAUAAUAUAUUAAUAUUGUUUGUGUUUUGUCGAAUUAUACAUGUAUUUUUAUUGCAAGGUGUACAGGGGAUAAUUGAUUUCCAACCCAUAUCCACGUUAAUAUAUUAAUAUUGUUUGUGUUUUGUCGAAUUAUACAAUG